AUGGUUGACAGCUACUUAGACUACGUUGAGCCUGUGUUUGGCGGCAGCUUGGACGUGGACCUGUCGAAGAUAGAGGAGACAGACGGCGACGGCGACGACGCCCUGACGAUGGCGCACAGCUCAGGGUUGUACAAGGGCAGCGACAAGUCGCUGUCGCUCAAUAUCCAGGACAGCGGUGCGGGAAACGGGCGCGACAGGCCGGGGACCAGGAGCAGUGCGUGCACGACGCUGAACACAACGGCGGCGACGAACUCGCCGGUGAACAACGGCAACGGGCUGGCGUCGCCGGAUUUCAAUUGCUUCGGCAAGAGCACGUUCGAGACGGCGGACCUGCUGAGCACGCCAGCGUCGCGGCCGAAGUACGGCUGCGACGGCGACGGCGACCAGCAGCAGCAGCAGCAGCAGCAGCAGCAGAGCGUGGACAGCUUCUAUACCAAUGCUACAGCAGGUACAGCAAAUGUUCCACUGUCACUGUCCACGGCGGCAAGAAACUACACCAGCAGUAACAGCAGUAAUUAUAGUAACAACGCUGCCGGCGAUAAUAAUGAUAACAACAGUAGCGAUAACAACAGCAGCAACAACAACAACAGCAGCAAUCUCAAGCUCAAGCGAGAAAAGUUUUCACAUGCACAUACGCUGUCGACGCCAACUGCAAUGAACGAUUUCAUCGCGAUGCUCGACGCUCAAUCCGCGAUACAGGAGCAAUUCGAUAUCAAUUCGAACGCGAAUUCGGAUCUGUCUUCGUCGAACGACUUUAUCAUGACAAACAGCAGGAAGGAAAGAGACUCUUCGUCGCCCCUGCAGAACACGUCGUCCUCGUCAUCACAGUUUAUAGACCCAAACCUUUUGAAAUCGAAUCUGUUCGUCGACACUUUUACCCAACCAUAUACCGACGAGAUUUACGGAGGCCAAGCUAGAGGCAAUAACAUCAGUUCUUUGCUAGACGAGUACGUGUCCACUGAUUUACUGAUAAAUGAUAAUAUCAGUAUUAAUGAAAAGAUUUCCCAUAUGCAUAGUAACAAUACAGUUCAUGAUAGAAGACACAGCGAUGUCGUAACGAACCCUGUACCGGAAUUUUCAAACAAUAGAAACUCAAUUUCUCAUGAGAUUGAUUUUUGGAGUCUACCUGAUAGAAGAAACACGAUCAACGGUUCAUUAGUUGAUCCAAAGGUUGGUAGAAAUAAUAAUGAUAGCAGCGGCAAAGAAGGUGUCAAGACUAAGAGCAAUUUUGAUAUGGAUACUGAAUUGAAUCAGGUACUUAAUGAUUAG